ACAUACAACCAAGUUAUUUAACCAAGAUAAUUAAUACUUAUAUCAUUUUAUUUGCUACAAAAUACAAAAAUCGGUGGUUCUUGCUUUUUUCUCUUUGGAUGCCUUGAUUCUCUUUCAAUAACUGAGCUCCCUUUUCUGUGUUUUGCAAUAAAGGAAUUACUUUUAAAGCAUUUCUCAUUGAAAAUUCGCCUCUUGUCUGUUCUUCGCAACAAAUUCUUACACUGUUUUACUUAACCCACACAAAUUCUUACUAGGGUUUUUCUCUGUCAUCGAAGUUUCAAACCUUUUCCCAAUUUCCCAAACUCAAGAUUUUCUUUUUCUUUUUUUAUUCAAUAAUAUUCUCUCUAAUUGCUAAUUGCUCGAAAACGUUUCCUUUUUCCCCCUAUUCCCCCUUUUCCGCUAGGAAUGUUCCGCCUAAUCUGAAUUCAUUCAUGAAUUUGUUCGAGUCUUGAAUUUCUGGGUUUGAGGGAGUUCCCAAUUUAGAGUUAUUAGGUACUCAUUGGGAUCUGAUUGAGUUGCAAGGCAUGACCUUGGAUGGGUUUUGAGGGUUUUAAGUGAGAGAAAAACCCUUAUUCAAUUCCCUAAUUUUCUCCUAAAAUUAAUUAGGUUUCUGAGGUGAAGCUUUUUUGGAGUGGUUAAAGAUGAAAGCAGAGAAACCUAGCUGGAUUAAGCAUGGAACCACUCAGAUUUUCUCCAUUGAUAUUCAGCCUGGUGGCCUCAGGUUUGCAACUGGUGGUGGUGAUCACAAGGUUCGCAUUUGGAACACGAAGUCUGUUGGCAGAGAGAUGCAGAAAGAUGAUUCGGCUUCGAAGCUUUUGGCAACUUUGCGGGACCAUUUUGGGUCUGUUAACUGUGUUAGGUGGGCUAAGCAUGGGCGGUAUAUUGCAUCUGGAUCUGACGAUCAAGUUAUUCUUGUUCACGAGCGGAAGCCUGGCUCGGGAACCACCGAGUUUGGCAGUGGCGAACCACCUGAUGUUGAGAACUGGAAAGUUGCCAUUACUUUGAGAGGGCACACUGCUGAUGUGGUGGAUCUUAAUUGGUCUCCUGAUGAUUCGACAUUGGCCAGUGGGAGUCUGGAUAACACCAUUCAUGUUUGGGACAUGAGUAACGGAAUAUGCACUGCAGUUCUACGUGGUCAUUCUAGUCUCGUAAAGGGUGUAGCUUGGGAUCCUAUCGGGUCAUUUAUAGCUAGUCAAUCGGAUGACAAGACUGUCAUAAUUUGGCGAACAAGUGACUGGAGCCUUGCUCAUCAAACCGAUGGUCACUGGGCUAAAUCUCUUGGCUCCACCUUCUUCAGACGGCUAGACUGGUCACCGUGUGGUCAUUUUGUAACUACGACUCAUGGUUUUCAGAAGCCCAGGCAUUCUGCACCUGUUCUCGAGAGAGGAGAAUGGUCCGCCACAUUUGACUUCUUAGGACAUAACGCACCAAUAAUUGUUGCUAAGUUCAACCAUUCAAUGUUUCGGAGGACUCCCUCUAGUUCCGAGGACUUAAAAACUUCACCGGUUGGUUGGAGCAAUGGCUCUUCAAAGGUUGAAGGAAAAGAUUCAACGCCAUAUAAUGUUAUUGCAAUAGGAAGUCAGGACCGCACCAUAACUGUAUGGACUACAACUAGCCCGAGACCUCUUUUCGUGGCAAAGCAUUUCUUCUUUCAAAGUGUGGUGGACCUCACCUGGAGCCCUGAUGGCUACUCGUUAUUCGCUUGUUCCUUGGAUGGGACAGUGGCAACAUUCCAUUUUGAAGUGAGUGAAAUUGGAUAUAAACUGACUGAUGCUGAAGUAGAUGAUUUGAAGAGGAAUCGCUAUGGCGAUGUCAGAGGUCGGCAGGGAAACUUAGCUGAGACUCCUGCACAGUUAUUGCUUGAAGCAGCUUCUGCGAAGCAAACUCCAAAUAAAAAGACGCAUACGGCUGUUCCAGAGAGUCGGGCAUCUCUGAAACCUUCAGUUGAUUUAGGAGUCACUAAAAAAAUUAGUAAGACGGUUGUAAAUGCUGGAAAGAAAAUUGAUGAAGCUAUCGGUCAUGUAUCGAAUAAGGUGGCCUCAGCUCGGAUGUCAACCCCUGUAAGGCAGAAAGAAUAUAGACGCCCUGACGGUCGGAAAAGGAUAAUACCAGAAGCAGUUGGUGUCACUGCCCAUCAGGAGACAACAUCUAUUGAUCAUCACUCUGAAGGUCUUCCGUUAGCUAUGAAAUCUUCAGAUCAUGGCAAGGACAAUAACGGAGUGAUGUAUACUGGUAAUGGUAGUCGAGAAGGGUCAAUAAGAAAGGUUGUAGGCGGGAGUGCCGAUCUAAGAGAGCGCUCUGGUGUCACGGCUAGAGCAUCUAUUAGUGAAAACUUGAUUAUCGAGAAGGUUCCUGCCUCUGGGAGUAAAGACACAAGCUAUAAUGUUGAGCAGGUUGGUCAACUACCUUCUGGUAGUAGUAUCCUUUCGAUACGAGUAUUUGAUAACAAACAAGGGGAAGAUGCAAUUUGCAUGGAAGCCCGUCCGAGAGAGCAUGCAGUUAACGAUAUUGUGGGAGCAGGAAACACUUUAACGAUCAGAGAAACAGAACUUUCUUGUACACGAGGGUCUCAGAAUCUUUGGUCCGACAGGAUCUCUGGGAAGGUCACUGUCUUGUCUGGAAAUUCGAACUUCUGGGCUGUUGGUUGUGAAGAUGGAUCACUCCAGGUUUACACAAGAUGUGGGAGGCGUGCCAUGCCAACCCUGAUGAUCGGUUCUGCAGCUGUAUUUAUCGAUUGUGAUGAAUUCUGGAAGUUGUUAGUUGUCACAAGGAAGGCGUCCUUGUAUGUUUGGGAUCUUUUCAACAAGACGUGUUUACUUCAGGAUUCCUUAGCUUCACUGGUAACAACGGAUCUCAAAUCCGAUGCUGGUACAGUUAAAGUUAUAUCUGCAAAAUUAUCAAAAUCCGGUUCUCCCCUCGUUGUCUUGGCCACACGCCAUGCGUAUUUAUUUGACAUGAGUCUCAAGUGUUGGCUGAGAGUCGCAGAUGAUUGUUUUCCUGCUUCGAAUUUCUCUAGCUCCUGGACCCUAGGCCCUGCUCUUGGUGGUGAGCUGGCUGCGUUACAGGUUGAUGUCAGGAAAUAUCUGGCACGGAAACCGGGGUGGAGCAGAGUGACUGAUGACGGAAUGCAAACACGUGCUCAUUUGGAAGCUCAGCUGGCAUCUGCUUUGGCUUUGAAUUCUCCUAAUGAAUAUCGCCAGUGUCUUCUGUCUUACGUUCGCUAUUUAGCAAGGGAGGCAGAUGAAUCCCGCUUACGAGAAGUUUGUGAGAACUUUCUCGGACCUCCCAUCGGAAUGGCUGAAUCUGGAUCAGAUUCGAAAUCACCAUUUUGGGACCCUUCUAUUCUUGGAAUGAAUAAGCACAAGCUCCUCCGUGAAGACAUUCUUCCAGCGAUGGCAUCCAACAGGAAAGUCCAACGGCUGCUCAACGAGUUCAUGGAUCUCCUAUCUGAAUACGACACUGCUGAGACCAACUCUGAGCCGAAGAAUCCACCACAGCUAACUGCACUAUCCCAGCCCGCGAAAGAUGUAAUGGAUUCCAAUCCUCCUACGGUAGACAAACAAGAUUCUGAUCCAGCAGAGACCUCUCGAGAGAAUCUUGUCGAGCCAGCUGAUCAUACUCUGCAGGCUAUCGAUGAAAUGGAUCCUGUCACAACGACGACACAACCUCAAGCAGAUUCUGUUACAAACACGCCCCAAGCAACAGAGCAAAUGGACAUAGACGUCCCUGCCUCGGAUCAAGUGGAAAAUCCCGCCCCAUCUCCAAAAGAGAAGGAUUCUUGAUCCCGGCUGACAACCAAACCCUAAAUGCUAAUGUCGACCACUCUCCUUUCUCUGCUCUUCUCUUGGAUCUCAGAAUCUUGCACUGAUUUGUUACCAACGGGAGCUAUUGCAUUCGAAGCUCCAGCUGACAGAGCGUCGCACACUUGAGGUACUCGGGUAGACUAGAUCAUCAUUUCGUCUUUCAUUUUUGUCUAAUUGUGUCAUACAUUUAGCUAAAUUCUGUAUGUAACUUUAGGUUCCCAAUUUUCAAAUAGGCUGUAAAGUAAACUCUACUCUAAAGCUUGUCGGUGAGUGACAUGUCUCUAAAAACGCAUAAUUUUCGCAUAAUUUAUGACAAGGGUCGCAGAAGCAGUCGAGCCUCAUCAGAGCUCGAUUGCUUCUGCGAGUUACCGGUCAUCCAUUUUUCUGGU